CCGGUCCUCCCCGCCCGGGUCCCUUACCCUUCUGCUCAGUGGAGCCGGAGCGCGGGUUCGCCGCACCACCGCUCUCAUCAUGGUGCUGUUGGCAGCAGCUGUCUGCACAAAAGCAGGGAAAGCUAUAGUCUCUCGACAGUUUGUGGAAAUGACCCGGACUCGAAUUGAAGGGUUGCUAGCAGCUUUCCCCAAGCUUAUGAACACUGGAAAGCAACACACAUUUGUUGAGACGGAAAGUGUAAGAUAUGUCUAUCAACCAAUGGAGAAGCUGUACAUGGUUCUAAUCACCACCAAAAACAGUAACAUCCUGGAGGACCUGGAGACCCUACGACUCUUCUCGAGAGUGAUCCCUGAAUAUUGCCGAGCCUUAGAAGAAAAUGAGAUAUCUGAGCACUGCUUUGACCUGAUUUUUGCCUUUGAUGAGAUUGUUGCCCUGGGUUACCGAGAGAAUGUUAACCUAGCGCAAAUCCGGACUUUCACAGAAAUGGACUCUCAUGAGGAGAAGGUGUUCCGAGCAGUUAGAGAGACUCAGGAGCGUGAGGCCAAGGCUGAGAUGAGGCGUAAAGCCAAGGAGUUACAGCAGGCCCGAAGAGAUGCUGAGAGACAGGGCAAAAAAGCACCAGGCUUUGGAGGAUUUGGGAGCUCAGCAGUUUCUGGUGGCAGCACAGCUGCCAUGAUCACAGAGACUAUCAUUGAAACAGAAAAAACAAAAGUGGCACCUGCACCAGCCAGGCCUUCAGGUCCAAGCAAGGCUUUGAAACUUGGAGCCAAAGGCAAAGAAGUAGACAAUUUUGUGGAUAAACUGAAAUCUGAAGGUGAAACCAUUAUGUCCUCCAAUGCAGGCAAGCGUACCUCUGAAGCAGCCAAAGUGCUCACUCCACCUAUUAACAUAGAAAGUGUGCAUAUGAAGAUUGAAGAAAAAAUUACACUGACCUGUGGACGAGAUGGAGGCUUGCAGAACAUGGAGCUACAUGGCAUGAUCAUGCUAAGGAUCUCAGAUGACAAAUUUGGUCGGAUUCGUCUACAUGUGGAAAAUGAAGAUAAGAAAGGAGUACAGCUACAAACCCACCCAAAUGUGGACAAAAAACUCUUUACUGCAGAAUCUCUUAUUGGCUUGAAGAACCCUGAGAAGUCAUUCCCAGUCAACAGUGAUGUUGGAGUGCUGAAGUGGAGGCUACAGACCACAGAGGAAUCCUUCAUUCCAUUGACAAUUAACUGCUGGCCCUCUGAGAGUGGAAAUGGCUGUGAUGUCAACAUAGAAUAUGAGCUGCAAGAAGAGAACUUGGAACUGAAUGAUGUAGUCAUCACCAUCCCACUCCCGUCUGGAGUUGGUGCCCCUGUAAUUGGUGAGAUUGAUGGUGAAUAUCGCCAUGACAGUCGACGCAACACUUUGGAGUGGUGCCUGCCAGUGAUUGAUGCCAAAAACAAGAGUGGCAGCCUAGAAUUCAGCAUUGCUGGGCAGCCUAAUGACUUCUUUCCUGUGCAAGUCUCCUUCAUCUCCAAAAAGAACUAUUGCAACAUACAGGUUACCAGAGUGACCCAAGUGGAUGGGAGUAGUCCUGUAAGGUUUUCCACGGAGACCACCUUCCUUGUGGAUAAAUAUGAAAUCCUGUAAUACCAAGAGAAGGGAACCGAAAAAGAAGAUUUUUAAAUAAAAGAAGAAACCUGCAAUGGCUAAAGAGUUUUUUCCAAAUCUGCAAGCCACUGGAAAUCUUUUUUUCUGAUAAGACGCACGAUUCUGUAUGCGCAAGGACCCUCAACUCAUCCCCAGUUCCAGGGUCUCAGAGACAUUCUUUGGCAAAGAAUUGACACAAGCUAAAGGGGGUGGGGGGGGAGGCUGCUGACUGAAUUGGCAGAUCUCACUGGCCAGCCGGAAAGCAGGCUCCCCAGAGAACGCCCCCAGUUAAACAUCUUCCGUGCCCCGCCCCUCAUUUCAUUCCCUAAAUGCAGUUGCGCCUCAUACUUUCUUUGUUUUAAAAGGUUUUCUCUGCAGAUAAAGGUUUUAAUCUUUUUUUUAA